GUUCAUUAAUUAAUCAUGAAUAAUUAUCUAAUUAGGCGGAAUGCAAAAAAUAAUCUGAGUACUUCUAAGCGGUCGCAAACAACGUUACAUUGGUUCUGUCCAGCUACAUCGCAUUUGCAUAUUUUUUCAAGUUCCGCUCAAGCUCUACAAUGCCUUUGUAGCGCUGCAGGUAUUCGCAUAAAUAAAAUAAAUUAAAAAAGUUAAGUGAAACACCGAGUAUAAACACACAUUGUGGGAGUGUAUGGCCUUUGCAUCCAUCAUCCAUGGGACCAAAUCGCAAGAAGCACCUUGCCGGGUCAGCACGUAUUCGCUAAGCUGCAAAAGAAAAAGAAAGAAAAGAAAAAAGAACUGGUGCGGGACAGAACACUAAGAUGCGCACUUCGCUUUACCUAGAUUCCGGCGGGUGUGCUAAAUCUGAACUUUUUUUAAAGCUCAUGCCGUGGCAUGCGUGAAGUCACUUUGCAGGGACGACUUUGUGCGCUGACAUGUACCUGAUCAUGUAACUGAUCAUGACCUGAUCAUGUACACGUAACAAGUCAGCCGCUGAACAUACCGGCGUUACCAGUGGGAGUCGACACUGGUUUCAGCUGGGCUAUGCGCACUAUACUCACAUUCCAGAGAGUUCCUGUUUCUGCCGACCACGUGGUUGGAUGUCUGCAGGUGCAAUAAAUUGGAGAGAGAGAUUCUUUGGUCGGAAACGAGCCCUUCGGCCUCUUCCAGCGGAACGACGCAGCUGCCAAUUGUGCCGGAUGACAUCGAAGCGGCAAGUAGUGCCUUUGAAACUUCAGCUAUCCGCUCCUCCAGCGAGAGCAGCGAGUAGUGGUGGCAAGUGAAGCAACGCGUGUUUUCUUGUGAGCUUAGGCUAAUUUCUUUCCUCUAUUGCUGGCAGACAUUGAAUAAGUUGGAGCAAUCAUUUCAGCAUCGUCAUCGGAUACAGCGCGCACCGCGCACCAAAGAACAAGAAACAAGUUGGACACGAAGUGAGUUUAAAAAAAAGGCAAUAGAAAGUGAGCAGGAAAGGGCGAUGUCUGUGAGGAUUGAAUGUGUAUAAGAAAAGAAGCCAGACAGAGAAGCCAAAGCAGGCGUCGCCUCCCGUGAAACGAGGCGAGUGCUUCUGAGCUUGCGGCAACGGGCACGUGGUGCCUGUCUUACCUGCAGCCUGCCCGCAGGCGCGCGUUCGCUUUAAAGCGACAAGCACUUGAAGUGCCAAUCGCAGCGCGUUCGUAAUGGUUCUACACAGCCAUGCGGCGGGGGCUGAUUCUACAGACAUGGUGGCGAAGGCGGACGAACCACGCACCGAUGACUGGAAACAAAACACGACUCCACUGCAGCCGGCGGCGUCCUUCUCCUGGCUUCCGGCCUGCGUGAACCGCAAACUGCUGCCAUUCAAGUUGCACUACUUUCUCUUCAUCGCAGGAGAGGCUGGCGUCUCACCGUACAUCGCCGUCGUGGGACGGCGAAACGGUAUAGGCCCCGCCACAAUGGCGGUCAUCUUCACCGUCAUGCCACUCACAGCCGUCGUUUUCAAGCCCGUGUGCGGUUUCAUCAUCGACCGAACUCGAAACGUCACUGCCGUCAUCCUCGUCUUGCAAGUCCUGUGCACCCUAUUUUACGGUGUCGCUUUCUUCUGCCCCAGCGCCAUAUCUGAUGGCUCAACAUACAAGGGCAAUCUGAGUUGCUCAUUGGAAGUGUCCGAUGUCACCGGUACUUCGGGGUCGCAACAGUGUUCUCCCAGGGGAAGCGAUUCCAUAUAUUGUGUAUUGUCUUCGGAGAAACACGUGUGGGAAGGGGUCAGCGCUCGCCUGACUACCGACAACAAAAUAGUGCUGGCCAACGCGUCUGAACCUUGUAAGGACCUUCUCAAGUAUAACCUCCUAUCCAACGACUCCCUCACCGUUACGGGUGAGAUGAAGUGUUCUUGCGAUGCUGAAUUGUACAAUAACCGAAACUUCUGGAUCUACACCGUGUCUGCUAUUCUCGGCUUCGCGUUGGCCGCAGCACUGAACAACGUUGGUGACGCCGCCGUGAGCAACGCACUGGGCUCAGACAUCGAAGUGUUUGGUCGACAACGCCUUUUCGGCACACUUAGCUACGGCAUGACGUCGCCGCUGAUAGGGUACCUGGUGGACGUAGCCAGCAGGGAAAGCUCAGUCACCGAUUAUAGGCCGGGCUUCUAUGUAUUCGCCGGUGCCAUGCUUCUGGAUAUGAUCCUUAUCCUCGCCGUGCCUAGGAUGCGCGUCGCCGAAGUCUCCGUCAACUUCUUCAAGGACAUCGGGGUGCUCUUGUCAAGCCCCGAGAUCCUGCUCUUCACGUUUUUCACAUUCCUGGUGGGAUCCAUGAUAGGGUUUCUCAACGCUUUCGAGACGUGGUUCCUGGAGGACUUGGGAACACCCACGUACCUCAUAGGCCUAACCAAGACAGUCCAGUGCUUCGGCGCGGAGCCCGUGCUGUUCUUUCUCUCGACGUACAUACUGAAGAAGAUCGGAUACUUCUACUCCUAUUCAGUCGCGUUCCUUCUGUUCGCCUGCAAGGCCCUUGGCUAUUCGUUCUUGCGGAACGUCUGGGGCUCGCUUGCCGUGAACAUCGUCGGGGGAGCCAUUUUCCCGAUGGUGUACGCCGCUAUGGCCGUGUUCGCUAAGAAGAAGGCGAGACCUGGAACAGCCGCCUCCAUGGUCUGCAUCCUCGGAGCCAACUACGAUGGUCUCGGUUCGGCAGCAGGCAGCUUGGUAGGCGGCCUCAGCAUCGAUAAGAUCGGAGCGAGCCAGACUUUCCGCUACUUUGGUUUCUCGUCGGUGGCUGCCGCGUUUCUAAGUUCGAUGUGCUACUUGCUCCUGCGCUGCACAGCCGCACACGAAUACGAUGUUACAACGGAGAAGCCAGAUGCAUCCACUCCUGCAGAAAACUGAUACCACACACAUUUCACCGAAGUCCGAAUGCGAAAUACUCGUGGAAAGCCUGCCCAGCAAGCAUCGAUGGGACCGAUCCUCAAUGUGCGGCUCCAAGGCUUACUUAGCGGAUUAACCUCAAAGCGUCACAUUUCCACAAGCCACUUUGCACGUAGCCAGAGCUGUGGAACAUAUGGCUAGAAAAGCUGCGAUAUAUGAAAAAAAAAGCAAAAAAGUCGUAGUUUCAACCAAUAGGCGAAGCAUUGAUUGCGAUAGCAAAUUAGUAGACAGCUAUGUAUAGUAUAAUGAUAGUAGCUUUAUUGGCAGUAUAAACUUGUGAACAUUCGCUUACUAACUAAAUUAACAAGCAUGGUGUCCCGCGUGCUCAGGCAAAUAUUAACACACCUUACUCGGUGACCGCGCACACCCGCUGUCAAAACGCUGGAGUUAGAAAGCGCUGCAGCAGCAGCGAGCGAAUUAACCGUCGUGCUGCCUGUCGUUUUAACGUGAACUAAACGGCGAGAACACAGUGCACACGAAGCUAUCAGCACUCGGUGCACUCUGUCCCCAUCGCAAAUCGCUUUUGAGAUAGGGUGCGCCGCGGCCGUGCCGUACGCAGCCACCGCCGGAGUUGAAUGCACUUGCAGUGUCCGAAUAAUUGAUAUCGCAAUAAAAAAUCGGCGAUUUGAAGAAGUG